AUGAAUAAGUACAUGACUGAUGAGGUGCACAAAAAGAAAGUGAAUCAAGCAAGUGCUCGGAAAUAUAAAACAGACCAAAACUUCAGGAAAGGAAUUCUCAUCUCAAAAGCAAGAAGGUACAGAACAGACGAUACUUUCAGGUCUAAUGCUAAAGCUUAUAGUAAGGAGAAAUAUCAUGUAAGUUCUGAUGCCAAAGUAUUGAAAAGGGAGACAGUGAAAAAAGAAAGGAUAGCAAAACACACCAAGUUAGAAAAUGAGGAAGAAAUAAUAAGAUCAUUUAAAGAAAAUGCGAUUAAGGGCAUCGACUUCACAUGUUGUUGCUGUCAUCGGUUGUUAUUUGAAAAUCAAGUGCAGAAAUGCAAUCGUCAAUUGUAUGAAAAGAAUGAACAGACAUCAACUGUGGCAAAUCUAUGCAUAAACGAAAAGUGUCAUCAUGAGUGUACAAAAACCUGCCAAACAGAUUGCACUAUGUCGACAUUGUGGAUCUGCUUUACAUGUCAUAGAAAAAUCAUAAGGGGAAAAAUUCCAGCUGAAGCGGUUGCAAAUAAAAUGGCGCUCGAAGAAAUUCCAAAGGAAUUGGAAGAUUUAAACAGCUUAGAGCAGCAUUUGAUAGCGUUACACAUACCAUUUAUUAGAAUUAUGGCUCUCCCUCAUGGUGGUCAAAGGAAUGUACAUGGGCCUGUUGUUUGUGUACCCUCAGACAUGAAAAAGACAACAAGUUUACCUAUUAAACAAGGCGAUGAUUCACUUUUGCGGGUGAAGUUAAAACGAAAGCUUUGUUACAAAGGUUACGUUGAAUACCAGUUUGUUAACACAAACCACAUAUUUGCAGCAUUGAAUUACUUGAAGCGAAACAAUAAGUGGUAUAAAGACAUACAAAUAGAUACAAACUGGAAUGAUUACGUUGAAAAUGAUCAGGAACCAAUUCAAGAUGUGAAUGAAAUAGCAGCAGAAAAUUCAGUAGGUGAAAGUCAUAUUGCAGUUGAUACCUGCUUACAGCCUGUGGAUAUAGCCCAGGAGGUGUUAGAUCAUUACUUUGAUGAUAUUUAUAAUAUUGCACCUGGUGAAGGCAAGAACCCAGUGCGAAUGUUGCAGGAGACAGGAAAUGAAGCUAAAUGUUUCCCCUACCAUUUUCCUAGUGGAAAAUUUUCCUGGAAUGAUGAAAGAACAACAAGAAUAACGCUGUCUAGGUACUUCAACAACAGACUAAUGAAUGCAGAUGAUAGGUUUGCCAAAGAUAGUAAUUACAUUUUCUUCAGCCAGUACAUGUCAGAAUUGAAUCAGGUAAUAGAGAAAACACAAAUUUUAAUUCGGAAGUCCUUCACAAAAAUUGGAAAUGAAAAGUUUGUGACAUCAAAUAUAGUACAAGACCCAGAAGUCCUUUCAAAAUUAUUGAAAAAUGACGAAGCUUUGAGGUUUAUGCAACCGAUACGGGGAACACCAGCAUAUUGGUCAGCCGACCAAAAGGACCUCUUUGCUAUGCUGCGUCAGCUAGGAAUACCAACCUGGUUUUGCUCGUUUUCUGCUGCUGAGCAUAGAUGGAAUGAUGCAGUGUCAAGUAUCUUACGACAAAAGAAUGAUGAUAGAGACCCAGAACAGAUGGACUGGUCUGAGAAAAAUGAAGUAUUGAGAAGUAAUCCAGUUACUGUUGCAAGAAUGUUUGAGCACAGAUUUCAUGCAUUCCAUAGAGAUGUUAUUUGUUCUCCAUCAGAGCCGAUUGGAAAGGUUGUAGAUUUCUUUCAAAGAGUUGAAUUUCAGCAGAGAGGAUCCCCACACAUGCACUGCUUGUUCUGGAUUGAAAAUGCGCCUAAAGUUAAUGAGAAUGGAAAAGAAGCUGUUUGCAAUUUCAUUGAUAAAUAUGUUUCUUGUGCAUUGCCAUCUGAGAGCGAAGAUCCUGAAUUGCGAAGUAUUGUGUUGGCUGUACAACAGCAUAGCAAAAAUCAUUCUAAGUCAUGUCGGAAAAAAGGAACGGAUUAUGAAGCUGUAAAUUCCAGAAACAGUAAAUCUGCUUUAAAAGAAAUUUUGCUGCAUCUUUGGGAGGAAGUUCAAAGUGAGUUAAAUGAGUCAAGAUCAACAGAAGAAAUUUUCAGUCAUUUAUCUUUGACUCAAGAGCAGUAUGAAGAAGCACAUAACAUGCAAACAAAAAAGACCUCUGUUGUCCUCGAAAGAAAUCCAAGCGAGCUUUGGAUUAAUCAGUACAAUCCAUGUCUCUUGAAAUGCUGGGAUGCUAACAUGGAUAUACAAUUUGUAUUGGAUCCAUUUAGUUGCAUUGUUUACAUUAUAUCGUACAUUUCAAAGUCGGAGAGGGAAAUGGGGUUAUUACUUAAGCAUACGAAAGUGGAGGCAGAAGAGGGAAAUCUAAAUGCACGAGACACCUUGAAGAAAAUAGGAUCUGCAUAUCCAAACCAUAGGGAAGUAAGUGCACAAGAGGCUGUGUAUCGAGUUUGUAAUUUGAAAAUGAAAGAAUGUUCCAGAAAGGUUGUGUUUGUGCCUGUAGGCGAAAAUCCCACCCGUUUGAGUAAGCCACUUUCUAUUCUUAAAAGAAGAAGUCAAAAGAAAGACCAUCAUGACAAUGAGGAGGAAGAUGAGGAUGAUGAAGAUGAAACUUGGAUGACUAAUAUAGUAGAAAGAUAUCCGAGAUUUAGCGUAGAGAAAACUCCUGAGAAAUAUUACCAGUCCAAGCUUCAGCUUUUUCUGCCACACUGGAAUGGAAAACAGCUUAAACCUCCUGGUUUUGACUUAUAUGAGACAUUUUAUGAAAAUGGCAACGUAAAAAUAACAGGAAGACAAGUGCUCCAGUCAGUGAAAUUACUCGUAGACACAAAUCAUGCAAGAUUUGCUGAAAAUGAGAAUGUGAGAGCUGAAGCGCAGGAAACAUUUGAAACUAUUGGUGAACCUGAAGAUGCAUGGGCAAGUCUUUGUCCAGAGACAGAAUUAUUGCGUCAAGAGUGUUCUGAUGAGAAAACAAAAUUGCAUGAUUCACAAGAACAUGAAUUGGAAUCAAUUCCCGAAAUGCAAAAUGAAACAAAUAUCUCUGAUGUUUUAUAUCAAAUUCAGCAGAAUGAUAUAUCCAGGGAUGAAAUAUUACCUGUCCUACAGAGCUUGAAUGAAACACAGCAAGAAGUGUUUUACUACGCUAGAGACUGGUGUUUAAAGAAAAUAGCUGGAGAAAAGCCAGAACCAUUACACAUUUUUAUAACAGGAGGAGCUGGCACAGGAAAAAGUCAUGUUAUAAAAGCAAUUAAUUAUGAAGCAACACGACUUUUUGCUAGAAACUUGUCAUCACCAGAUAGUUUAGCAGUACUUUUAACAGCAUUUACUGGAACUGCUGCAUUUAAUAUUGGCGGAAACACUAUCCAUCACUUGUUUUCUCUUACGAAGUAUCUACCGCUGCCCUACGAACCUUUAAAAGAACAGAAACUUAGUGAAAUCAGAGUGCAGCUGAGAGAAUUACAGAUAAUUGUGAUAGAUGAAGUAUCAAUGAUGUACAAGAAGCUUCUUUAUUACAUUCAUGAAAGACUUGUACAAAUAAUGAAGAGCAGGGAACCAUUUGGUGGCGUUAGCAUAAUUGCCGUUGGUGACUUUUAUCAACUUCCACCUGUUAAACAACGGAAAGAUGAGAGGCUGUACAUGGAAAAUGCUUCAUAUCCUGUGGAUUAUUGGAGAGACUUUUUCAAGGUUGUAGAGCUGACAGAAGUUAUGAGGCAACGUAAGGACAUACCCUUUGCAACAGUUUUGAACUCACUGCGAACCAGAGAAAUAGGUGAGCCGUUAGGCAGUGAAACACAAUGUAUGAUACAAGAGUGUAUCAGAGAUGGACCAGAAGAGGUUCUUCAUGUGUAUCCAACAAAUGAUGAAGUCAAUAGCUAUAACCUGACAAUGCUUAAAAGAAACUAUGAAGAUCUUGUAGAAAUUGAAGCUCAUGACUUUCAGAAAGAAAAAACAACAGGGAAACUAGUUUUGAGGGAAAAACCAAUCAUUCGGCCAAAAACGGAUAGUCUGUGUACCUCUUUACUGAUGGCUGUAAAAGCAAGAGUCAUGCUUACCAGAAACUGCAAUGUAGAAGAUGGUGUUGGGAGGAAAUCGGGGAAGAAGACAGAAAAAGGAACUGUUGUUUUAAUUCAGAGAGUUCAGGAAGAAAUAUUUGAAAAAAAAUCCAAAACAAUUGUUAGACAUCAGUUCCCUUUGCGGUUAUCUUGGGCUUGUACAGCUCAUAAAGUUCAAGGGAUGACAGCUGACAAAGUUGUGGUCAAUUUAGACCGGACCUUCUCUCCUGGACAAGCAUACGUUGCAUUAACAAGAGUUACAAGUAAAGAAGGCUUAUUCAUAGAAACCGAUAAUGAAAAUGCAUUGCAGAAGAAAGUGUACGCUGACCCAGAUGUGAAAACGGCAUUACGUGGGAUGCCUGUUUUAGAACUGCCAAAUCGUUUUGUAAUUCCCUCUACUUCAUUCAACAUUAUUCUUCUCAACAUCCAGAGUAUGCAAAAACAUUUUUUAGAUCUCUAUCAUGACAACCGAUUUAUGAAGGCUCAAUUGAUCUGUUUGACAGAAACAUGGUUAAAAUCAGGACAAAGUACAACAUAUUUUGAAAUCAAUGGUUUUAGAUUUCAUCAUGUACCCCGCGGGGAUGCUUAUGAUGACAGCAGAGCUGAAAUGCAGAAAAUGCGGCUCUCAAAAGGUGGAGGAGUGGCAUUAUACGUCAGUGCAAGUGAAAAACAGAGAAUAGUCAGUCCCUUACCUGAGAAAAACAUUGAAGGCAUUGCUGUGAAGCUAGUUCAGGAAGAUAUAGUUGUGGUUACUUUAUAUCGGCCAAGUACUUUUAGUGUCAGUAAAUUUCUGGACAGCCUCAAAGAAAUAAUAGCAUAUUACACUCUUCUUAACAAACAUAUAAUUUGUUUGGGAGAUUUCAAUGAAGAUGCAAGAUAUGUUGGUCCGAUUCAAACUUUCAUGAUCAAUGUAGGUUUCCAGCAGCUUGUAAGGUUUUACACAACUGAAGGGAUGACGACACUGGACCAUGUUUAUGUAUCUAAAUCCAUGAAGACAAACGUAAGGAGGAUGUCAACUUAUUACAGUUAUCACGAUGCCUUGAUUGUGACCAUUUCAAGUGACAAUUAA